AUGCAGCAGACCGGAUGUCUGAGGAAACGGAGGAGACGAGCAAUCACAAAAGUGAAAGGGCUAACCAUUCUGCCGUACGAUGAAGCGACCGACGAUUAUCGUGGUCUCGACAUUUACAACGAGAGUGCAGACUUUUUCACGGGGAAACAUUACGGACAGCGACGCUCUAAGGAUGCCACUAGUGUCACUAUCAGCAGAAUACGAGAAGCGCAACGAGCGGGCAGUAUCGCGUCUUCAACGAGAAUCACACGAGAUCCUACCUGGUACUCGGAGUAUGAUUUGGAUGACGAGGAAGACGAAGAAAUGGAGAGAAAAGCAGCGGAACAGUUUGGUCACAGGAUGUUCUCCGCCGUCUCGUCCAAAUUGUCCUAUGCAAUUCCAGAGAAAACAGAAUCUGCUUUAAAACGAAGAAUUUUCGUUGACUUUGGGGUAAUUUGGACCCUCCAAUCCUGGAUUCUUCUUGGCGUCUCGACCAUAUCGUUUCCCUGGACGUGGAAUCGUACUACUUUACGAAUCGAUAAGUGGUCCCCUCUGUGGGAACGGGCAUGGAGAAUAUCAUACAAUUUGGCGAUAACUCAAAUAAUUUUGCUAACAUUUUACCAAUUUUAUCAAUUUUUCCAAAAACUGGGAGAACCACAUGACACAUAUCGGGAGGUUUUCAUGAGUUUUAUGUCACUCUAUUGGUACAUUACCUGCUUAAACUUCAACUUUAACCUGUACUGCUAUCGGGACGCGACAAGGCAGUAUAUCAACUCGCUCUUUUUGAUGAAUGAGAAAUUAUGUGAACGUUACGUCGUGGACCUUGACGGCUACCAGGACGGCGGCAGAAUUUUGAUUAACGUUUCGUUUCCUUCCAAUUUAUGCGAACCAUUCGCCGCGGCGGCGUUAUUUCUAGUCCUGCCGUUUCAAAAGUGGUUCCUCUAUCAUUACAUUUAUCACGAGGACAACCCCUGGUACUGGUUGAUACCUGGGGCACUGCAAGAAUACGUACUGGUCGGACAGGUCAUCACGUCCUAUUUGCUCAUCUCUUGGACCACGAUUGCUCACACGAACAGUGUCGACUUUUGGUUAAAGGAAAUCCACAAAGGGGCCGACUCUGGACACACAAUUCCAGAAACAUCCGAACCUAGAACAGCGAUGGAAAUUUAUCGAAUUCUACAAAUUAUUUGUGCCAUGUUUAACGAUUGUAUUUCACCCAUGGGAAUUAUGAUGGUCAAAUUUAAUGUCCUCUUUGGCAUCGCGUCGUGUGGAUAUGUCCUCAUCCGAAGUAUGAAUCACCUCUUUAUCGAUGAAUUUCCCGGGAUAUUAAUGUACCCAAUUAGCGUGUUGGAUUGCGUUACGGCGGCAAUUGCGAUUCUUUCCAUGUCCGCGGAAAUGUACGAUUUGGGGUGUGGCUUCAUAGAUUCUUGGUCGAGAACGAAGCAAAAAGAUUUUAGGAGGGUCUUGCGGGCACUGCCGACGUUAAGGGUGAAAAUUGGGUGCUUCUAUUACAUCACGGUAGCGACGCUGCUGACUUUUUCGAAGACUGUGUUGGACCUCGUGGUAGAUGCGGUUAUGACAUUUCCAUAAUUUUUGGGGAAAUAAUCUAGAAAAAAUGAGAAAAAAUGAAUUGGAUUACACCGUUGGUGAAGGUGAACUACUUAUGUAUGUAAAUCUCAUUUCUAACAAAUAAAAAAA